AACCCAAACAGCAAGCAACGUGGCCUAAGCCAAACGCAAAAAAAGGCAACAAACAACUUUAAGAGUUUAUCAACUAAACCUAGUCAAAAUAUUUGUGAAGAGGUGCCAAAGCAAAUGUGUCAAUGAGGACACCGGACACCAAAGCGAAGCUUUUAAAUAAUUUAAGCCUCUCCAAGCAUCUCUCCUCUAAAAAGGGAUCUCGCACCAGCAACUGCGGCAAUCGUCUGGAAUUUGCCGUGCUAACGCAUCUAACCAACGUGCCCUGACUUCAGUCACAU